AUGGCAUCAUCACAACAAUUCUCCAAUCGACGGGUUUUCUUGGUUCUUGCUCUCUGUCUAAUCGCAAUUUCACGCGCCGCAUUCAUUUUGCCCAAAGUCCCAGAUAUCCCGACAGUACCAGAGAUCGGACCCGCGACAAUUCCAGAGAUCAACCCCCCGACAAUCCCAAAUAUCAGGCCAGAGCCAGAAGAGCCAACACCCGGUGGUGGCUCUGACAGUCCUUCACUUGGCGUAGACAGUCCAUCGGUUGGUGUAGACAGUCCAUCAUACGUCCCCGACACGGGUUCUCCGGGCGCACCAGGUGGAACUGAUCACACUCCGUUAUUCGCGGAUAAGGAGAAAUACUUCAAACUUUUUGACGGUGUCACAGACCUUCUUAGCGCCAUUGAAUCUGCUACCUCCACUAGCGCCGCGACAUUCACCCGCGUAGCGCCCGCCAACGCAGCGAUAACACCAGAACCCACAGCCGCAGACCCAACUCUAGGCUGUAGCAUCUUCACUAGCUACAUGUCCCUCUGCGCACCGACCACCUCAGCAAUGGGCAGCAGCUCCGUCUUAGGCGUCCAAGCAACAGACCGCGCCUUCGCCUCCUGUGCCUGCUACUCAUCCAAAUACUGGGUCCCGGAUGCUCUCGACAGCGCCGCACGAGUUUGUGCCGGCUAUGCCACUGCAACCGUCUCGGAGUUCGCGGUGGCAGGUCUAGCUGCGGCUGCGGCGACUGCUUCGAGGAUGGAAGGGUUCUGCCAGUCGAUGGACAAUGUGCGGUACUAUGCCUCUGCGCAUUUUGGUGCGGUUACACCUACGGCAUCUGCUCGCUCCAGCGUAAGUACUUCGAGUGGCGAUGGUUCUGGCUCGAAUGGAAAUGGAGCUGGGGUGGUGCGGGUUAAGCCGUUUGGGUUAGGAGUUAUUGCUGCCCUGAGUGUGUUUUUGGGAGUCCCGUAUUAG